AUGGGACUCGUGGGCGGGAUCCUCGGCUUCGUCCUCGGCCUCCCCCUGGGGCUCGCCGCCGCCUACCUCGUCUACCUCCGCUUCGUCGCGCCCCGGCGCCGUCUCCAGGAUCCUGUCGUUAGACCUCUGCGAGAUUUAGAUUUUGAGACAUUACAGACGAUGGUAAAUGAUAUUCCGUUAUGGGUCAAGUAUCCAGACUAUGAACGGAUUGAUUGGAUGAACAAGUUUAUUUGUGAUAUGUGGCCUUUCCUGGAUAAGGCAAUAUGCAAAAUAAUAAGAGGUGUAGCAAAGCCAAUAUGUGAUCAGUAUGUUGGAAAAUAUGGCAUAGAAUCAAUUGAAUUUGGAAACUUAACACUUGGCGCUCUUCCACCUACACUCCAAGGAAUUAAGGUUUAUGAAAUGCGAGAAAAAGAACUGGUAAUUGAACCUGUGAUUCGGUGGGCUAGCAUAGCAAAUGUAACUGUGAAUGUGAAGGUGCAUUCUUUCAAAUUGUCCGCCCAGCUUCUGGAUUUGCAUAUAAUGCUGACACCACGAGCGACUCUGAAGCCACUUGUGCCAAGCUUUCCCUGUUUUGCCAGUGUGUGUGUUUCACUAAUGGAGAAGCCGCAUGUUGACUUCGGAUUGAAAUUGCUGGGUGGAGAUGUCAUGGCUAUUCCUGGUUUGUAUCGGUUUGUCCAGGAGCAAAUAUCAAAGCAAAUUGCAAUCCUGUAUCAUUGGCCUAAGGUUAUAGAAGUUCCUAUUUUAGAUGGAGCAAGUGGUGCUACAAAGAAACCAGUGGGAGUAUUGCAUGUCAAGGUAGUUCGUGCCAUGAAUCUUCCCAAGAUGGACUUGCUUGGGAAAUCUGAUCCUUAUGUCAAGCUUCGGCUAAGUGGCGAGAGACUGCCCUCGAAGAAAACCUCUGUCAAGAUGAGCAACCUGAAUCCUGAAUGGAACGAACAUUUCAGGCUCGUUGUCAAGGAUCCUGAGACACAAGUCCUCGAGCUCCAGAUGUUUGAUUGGGAAAAGGUCAAAAUGCAUGAUAAAAUGGGCGUGCAAGUGAUUCCCCUCCGCUUGCUUACUCCUUACGAGAGCAAGUUGUUCACACUAGACCUUCUCAGAAGCAUGAACCCAAAUGAUCAGCAAAACAAGAAGAAUAGAGGAAAGCUUGUCGUGGAACUGACAUUUGAUCCUUUCAGAGAGGAAAACAGCACGAGUCCUCUAAUUUCAGAUGUUGAAGGCAAUAUCAGUCUGAAAAGGGACGUCCCGGACGGUGGUGGGGUGCUGUUAGUUUCGGUCGAAAAUGCAGAAGAUGUCGAAGGGAAGCGUCACACUAAUCCGUAUGCCGUGGUUCUUUUUAGGGGCGAAAAGAGGGAAACCAAGGUGAUCAGGAAGGCUCGAGAUCCAAGGUGGAACGAGGAGUUCCAGUUCGUGGUGGACGAGGCCCCCAUGGAUGAGAAGAUCCACAUCGAGAUCAGAAGCAGACGCCGUAGGCUCCUCCCGUUCCGCACCCAGGUUUGCUGCUCCCACUUUUUCUUUCCUAACAGCUUGUCUUUGCCGGCCUUCGUUCCCUCUGAGUCUCUGACGCCGGCGGAGCUUCUUUCUCUGUGUGUGUUGUAUGGUUUGCAGGAGUCGCUGGGGCACGUGAACAUAAACCUGGUGGACGUGGUGAACAACGGGCGGAUCAACGAGAAGUACCACCUCAUCAACUCCAGGAACGGCAAGCUGCAGCUCGAGAUCAAGUGGAACACCGUCUGA